AUGGACGAGCGGCCGACGCAUACCAAUCUUAGACUCACAACCGCUUCUGAUUGUCUCAUACUUAUGGAAGGUGUCCGCAGGGGCAUGUUCCGCCUCGUCACCCGCCGUCUCACAGACGCAGAGCGAUCCUUGUAUAUCAAGCCAGGUUGUACGUAUUUACGUUUGGAUCAUGUCCAAUCUCCUAUGACGUCCCUGGUCGGUCGCGCGCGUUUCUGCGAUCGGAAUAGGCGACAAUUGCAGCAGAUGGACAGACGGUUUGGCCUGGGGUCCGUCUCGCAUGCGAGAGCCAUUCCUCGUACGUUAGUUGCUGCUGCUGCUGCGUGUACACAUACAUCUAAACUCUUUUAUCACGACGCUUUCCAGUUUUACGACGAGAAACCAGCAUCCGGCUCGGGUUCGACGGGAGACGCCCUUGACCCCUCUAGCCGAGCCAAUACUUCAGCAAGAGGCCGAGCCGCCCCCUACGACCGGGGUCCGAAACCUUCCACGAAAAACACGUAUGGCGGAUUAGUUAAACAGACUUUCUCAACUCUAGUGCGAAUGAACGAUGAUAACCCAGUCAAAUGGCACGUUGUAGCAUACUUCACCACCGACAGCCACUCAAACAUACCCGGGGUCAAGGAUGAUCCAAAUCUAAAGGAUAUAGACGUUCCACAUGGUGUUUAUGAGAGCGCCCGUCAGAGAAAGCCGGGAACCGCAACAAGGGACCGAUCAACGUAUGGAAAAGAAAGAGCAAGUGUCAAAUCAGAACAUGCCGAGGGAAUGUCCUCGCCGCUACCUUCUCCGGUUCCAAUACCUAGACGGUACUCGACGCAAGCAGUGGUUCCAGGCUUGUCAUCGCCAACCAGUUCUCUCGGCUAUGUCCUGCCGUCUCCUGCCUCUGUUCCUGAUCUCACUCGCAUGUACCAAAAGCGGCCUACGUCAGAUACCCACUCACCUCCUCCACAAUAUGGCCCCCCGAUGUCAUGGCCUCCAAAGUACCAAGAGGAGAUAACAUCACCCUUUGCGUUUUCUCCUCCAUUCCCUACUAUACCAUUUAGGCCAGAGAAUGAUUUUAGCUCUAUACCAGAAACGUUACAUAUCCCGGCUUCACGCGAGGUGGUCGACUUCUCUGGGGCCGCUCCGCCCUUCAACGAUGCGGAGCCUCCCAAAACACUCGAGGCUUUCCGCUUCUUUGAACAGCGGCUUUCUGGAGCCCGGCAUUUUGCUCUCAUUCGACCAAUGAGCACCGAUGAUCACCUUAUGUUUUACGGCCCCUCGCUUCAUUCGACGAUCGACAUGUCAGCGCUUUACGAAACGGUCUCAACGAGUCGACGACGUCCAAGCAUCGAAUUCUUGACCAGCUAUUUUAGGCCUAAUGCCGGGUUUGAGGGGGGUUUUAAUAUGCCAUUUACCAUUAGCCUUAGCGAACCAAUCCGGCAUGGUCAGAACAAAUGGGCCCAAGUGUGGAGAGCAAACCUCCGAUGCUCAACGGUGGGAGGGUGGAGCGCUGGAAUUCCGGUCGUAGUCAAGUUGUUCCAAGAGUCCCUCUUCCCUCCGCCAACACCAGACGACUUACUGGGCGACAAGUCUGAAUGCGCUUGGUACUCGAUGAAAGAACAAGCAGAGGCCGAGGCUUGGGCGUAUGAAAUGCUCAAGUCGCACCAAGGCCAACACAUUCCCUACUCGUAUGGCAUGUACGAGUUCACUUUGCCCUGUGGCGAAGAAAGAGUCAUUGGACAUGUGAUGGAGGAUGUGACAAGUUGGACACUUGAUGAAUAUCUCCAUAUUAUAGGUGGAGAAGCAAAUAUUGAGCAAACGUGGCAGAUCGCUACGGCUGCAGUCCAAGGGCUGCAGUCUAUUCACGCAUCUGGGGUUGCGCACAGAGACCUCAAGCCCAGACACAUCCUCGUUCCUAAAGAACAACAUGGAACUGUUGUAUUCGUCGACUUUACGUAUUCCGCAAGCGAUGGCCCUGCAGAUAGUCAGCCUUUAUACGACACACUACGCGAAUCAGGAUUCGUGAAUGGCAUCGACAAAUGGGUCGCCUCCACUGGGGGGCACAAUCUGUUAGCUAACUUGCCGGCUAUCGAGAGUGGCUCUAAUAUGUAA